AUGCCGCCCAAACCGCAAUCCAAGAACAAACGGCCUACACAUUUUCUAUGUUUCCCUUUGGUCACGGACGAAUCAAUCUCACAACUAUCAGACUCAUUGGCCUACUUCAGAUCAAUAACUACUCCAUUAGAGCAUGGCAGUCAAUCAAAUACAUCUGCAGCCGUGGAAGCAGGGUUCCGCGAAGAAACGCUAAGGAUACUGCCACCCGCUGCCCAUCGACCACCCGGUACAUUCCAUCUGACGCUCGGGACGAUGGAUCUGUCGGACGAAGAAGACCUGAACCUCGCAACCCGGCUGCUUCACCAGAUUGAUUACGUGGAUUUACUUCGUGCAGCCGAGGUAGGGGGAGUGUCUGACCAUUUGAAUCGGCGAAGGGAGGGUAAGGUCGAGCACGGCAACGGCGGCGCAGAGGCUGAAGUUGACCCUAAGGCACGCGAUGCACUUGCAGAAGAGGAGGAGGUCGAAGCAGAGACUCCUGCUGCCUCGGAAGAGGGAGAGGCCGCCGGUCAAAGCCAAAACAAGCCCCAGGCUGCAAUAGAGUCUCCAGCUACUCUGCUCCACUCGCUCGCUCGAGCAAUCACUCCUCCUCCACUCCGAGCUGAGACUUCUCUAGAAACCAGGCCCGCUUCAGACUCGUCUACCCUGAUACCCGAGAUUCCAAUCCCAGCGCGUCUAUCUACUUCACUCUCUUCCCAACCCGCUCCUCUGAGUAUAACACUAUUUGGCCUGGGCACAUUCCCUCGACCAAGCACCAGCCGGGUCUUCUAUGCCCAGCCUCACGAUCCCACCUCUCGCCUCCUACCAUUUGGCAACGCGGUCCGGCGGAUUUUCCAGGAGGCCAGCCUAAUCACGGAGACAAGACCGCUGGUGUUGCACGCCACUGUUGCGAAUAUGAUCUACGUCAAGGACCGGUCCAGGGGUUCCAAGGGAAAGGGACGAGGCAGAGGUGCACAAGCCGGAACUGUCGAUGCGAGGGAUAUCCUGAGAUACUUCAAUGAUGGUCCUGCAGGAAGUUGGCAAAGUAGGCAACAAAUCUCUGCAUCGCCAGCGUCAGCGUCAGCCUCGUCACAACCAUUUGUUUCCUUCCUCACAAAGGGCGAGACUAUAGUUUUUUCUACAAGUUCCGAAUCGGAGAUGGAUGGCAAAUUCAUCUGGGCCAAGGAUAUCAAGAUCGACCGGAUUCGCAUUUGCAAGAUGGGCGCGGAGCAGUCCAACCACGAGGGCUUGGGGAUGGAGUACAAGCACAUUGCCGAGGAGAUAUUUUUCUCUUGA